AUGUUUCGACUUAAUAACUUCACCAAAAGAACCCUUCAUGGUAUUCCAAGAACUUCGUUAGCAGCCGGCCUACGACCAACUCUCUUUCCAGUAGUUUCCCAAAUAUCCCGUAACUUUUCCAAUACACCAUUUCAACGUAAAGUCAUUGAACAGAUUAAUAAUCCUCCAACGCCACCAAGCCCAAGGAUUCCAAAACCUCCAAAACAAAAAGCGCCAACAAUACUUGAUAACACAGCAAAUUUAUUUUUAGUUACUGAAAUUUUAAGAGGAAUGUGGUUAGUUCUUGAACAAUUUUUUAGACAUCCUUAUACUAUUUUUUAUCCUUAUGAAAAAGGCGCAUUGAGUCCUCGGUUUAGAGGGGAACAUGCAUUGAGAAGGUAUCCUACAGGUGAAGAGAGAUGUAUUGCCUGUAAACUUUGCGAGGUAGUUUGUCCUGCACUUGCAAUUACUAUCGAAGCUGAAGUUAGAGAUGAUGGAAGUCGUCGUACAACCCGAUAUGACAUUGACAUGACAAAGUGCAUUUAUUGUGGAUUUUGUCAGGAGGCAUGCCCUGUUGAUGCAAUCGUGGAAGGACCUAAUUUCGAAUAUUCUACAGAGACACAUGAAGAAUUAUUAUAUAAUAAGGAGAAAUUACUAGCAAAUGGUGAUAAAUGGGAACCUGAGCUCGCUAAAAAUAUAGAAGCUAAUCAAUAUUAUAAUUAA